GCUCAACAGGUGUUGUAUAAAAGGUAAACAUGAUGUGUGAUACUAACACCUGCUGCCAACAGACACUUGUCCACACACACACAGAAGACAUCAUGAAGCUGACUGUCCUGCUCUGUUCUGUUCUGCUGCUCUCUGUCUCUGUCCUUUCCCAGGGGGAUGGGACUGUGGGCCCUCAGGCUGAAACCGAAAAGCUUGGCUGUGCGAAGUAUGAAGGUGGACUCUGCACCAAGGAGUUUGAUCCAGUGUGUGGCAGUGAUGGACGCUCCUACAGCACUGAAUGUGUUCUCUGCCAGCUGAACAGCCUCCAAAAGACGAAUGUCAAAGUGGCAAGCAAAGGGGAGUGCCCUCCUUAGCGGACUGUGGUGCCCAUUGACACACACACAUACACACACACACCUCUGGCUAUGUAAUAUCCAUUCCCUGUAUCUUGCCUUAUCAAUAAAGUUACAUACGGCAACAUG